AUUUCUAUUACUCAUCAUAGUUCUCAAUAGAGAGAAUCAAAAAUCAAAAUGUCUUCUCCUACUGCGACUAAGUACGACGUCUUUCUGAGUUUCAGAGGACUCGACACUCGUCGCAACUUCAUCAGUUUUCUCUACAAAGAACUCGUUCGAAGAAAAAUUCGAACUUUCAAAGACGACAAGGAGCUCGAGAAUGGCCGGAGGAUUUCUCCGGAGCUCAAACGCGCCAUCGAGGAGUCGAAAUUCGCCGUCGUUGUGGUCUCUGUGAACUACGCUGCGUCUCCUUGGUGUCUCGAUGAGCUUGUGAAGAUUAUGGAUUUCGAAAACAAGGGUUCCAUCACCGUGAUGCCUAUCUUCUACGGCGUGGAUCCUUGUCAUUUGAGGAGGCAGAUCGGAGAUGUCGCUGAACAGUUUAAGAAGCACGAGGCUAGAGAAGAAGAUCAUGAGAAAGUAGCUUCGUGGAGACGAGCAUUGACCAGUUUAGCGAGUAUCUCCGGCGAAUGUUCAUUGAAAUGGGAAGAUGAAGCGAAUCUGGUGGACGAAAUUGCUGACAAGAUAUCAAAAAAUCUGAUGACUGUUACAACAAUAAGCAAUGGGAGGGACCUAGUUGGGAUUGAUACACACAUGAAGGCUCUUAACAAAAAAUUGGAUUUGAAUUCCAACAAAAGUUUGAGAGUGGUUGGGAUUUGGGCAAGAGGAUACAAUGGUAGAUCAGCUUUAGCUAAAUAUGUUUAUCAAGACAUCUGUCAUUGGUUGAAGGUUGGUUGGUUGAAGGUUUAUCAAGAUAUCAAGACAGCUUCCAAACUUUAUGUUUUAACUCGUUGGUUGAAGGUUGCACAUUUGCUUCAUAGAUCACAUCACUCUUUUAAAACUGAGUAGCCAGCCAAUCAAUAACCCGAAUUUCACUGAGAAAUCCCCACAUUUGUUAUGUUUCCAUACUACAAAAUCAUCUAUUGACACCACUAGUUAGCUGUGAUCUUAUAAAGAUGAGUAAGCCAACCAAACCAAUAACCCAAAUUGGAAAAUGUGAGUCAAGCCGAAUAAACUUGAUGUAAUAACCUAUUCGUUCUAACUUGAAAUUGUUAUUAAAAUCAUCCUUAUCAAUUAGCCUUUCUCGUCCGUCAAUUGACUUAGUUCUAACCAUUCGUUUGAUCGAUAAUCAAACAAACAGUUGAAUCUUCUUCAACCAAUUAAAUUAGACUACGAGUAACUAAAUGCCA